GUCCUGUCCAUGAACCUGCUUCUUGGAGCUGUGGCUGCUCCAAGAGUGGAGUCUGGCAGCCAGCUGGUGUUUGUGACUGAAGUCUGCCGUAUGCAGCACUCGGGCGCUGUCUCUGCCCUCACGGGAAGCGAGGCAAAAAUAAUUGAAGGGUAUUUGCCUUGGUUGUGUGGGUAGAAGUAUCCUCAUCAAAACAACUUUGAAGGUCUGCUUUGUGGGUGGGUGUGGAUGGGCAUGUGUUGCAUAACUUUUUCACAAGGGACAACAACCACAAAGGACUAACCACGCGACCUCAUUGAGAGAGAUCGUCCAGGCAAAACCUCUGUCAGUUAUCCAGGCACUAUUGCAGCUUCGGGGUGGACAGACUACCUUGAAUCUUGAGGAUCCUUGACUACUUUCUGGACAGGGGGUGGAAAUGAAAGAUGAGCGAUUUUGAAGAAUGGAUUUCUGGGACAUAUAGAAAAAUGGAAGAAGGUCCUCUGCCACUGUUGACUUUUGCUACAGCUCCCUACCACGACCAGAAACCAGGAACGAGUGGAUUACGGAAGAAAACCUAUUAUUUUGAGGCAAAGCCAUGCUAUCUGGAGAAUUUCAUCCAGAGUAUAUUUUUUUCCAUAGACCUAAAAGAUCGCCAGGGAUCAUCACUGGUGGUUGGUGGAGAUGGACGGUAUUUUAAUAAAUCCGCAAUAGAAACAAUAGUGCAGAUGGCAGCUGCCAAUGGGAUUGGUCGCUUGGUUAUUGGACAGAAUGGAAUCCUCUCCACCCCUGCUGUAUCCUGCAUCAUUAGAAAAAUCAAAGCCAUUGGUGGGAUCAUUCUGACAGCCAGCCACAACCCAGGAGGACCCAAUGGAGAUUUUGGAAUCAAAUUUAAUAUUUCUAAUGGAGGUCCUGCUCCAGAAGCGAUAACUGAUAAAAUUUUCCAAAUCAGCAAGACAAUCGAAGAGUAUGCCAUCUGCCCUGAUCUGAAAGUGGACCUUGGUGUUCUGGGCAAGCAACAGUUUGACCUGGAAAACAAGUUUAAGCCCUUCACAGUGGAAAUUGUGGAUUCAGUGGAAGCUUAUGCCACCAUGCUGAGAAACAUCUUUGAUUUCAAUGCACUGAAAGAACUUCUUUCUGGUCCAAACCGACUAAAGAUCCGUAUAGAUGCCAUGCAUGGAGUUGUGGGGCCAUAUGUAAAGAAGAUCCUCUGUGAAGAACUCGGUGCCCCAGCAAACUCAGCCGUAAACUGUGUUCCCCUGGAGGAUUUUGGAGGCCACCACCCUGACCCCAACCUCACCUAUGCAGCUGACCUGGUGGAGACCAUGAAGUCUGGAGAGCAUGACUUUGGGGCUGCCUUUGAUGGAGAUGGGGAUCGAAACAUGAUUCUGGGCAAGCAUGGGUUCUUUGUGAACCCUUCAGACUCUGUGGCUGUCAUCGCUGCCAACAUCUUCAGCAUUCCAUAUUUCCAGCAGACCGGGGUCCGCGGCUUUGCACGCAGCAUGCCCACAAGUGGUGCUCUGGAUCGGGUGGCUAAUGCUACAAAGAUCGCUUUGUACGAGACCCCAACUGGCUGGAAGUUUUUUGGGAAUUUGAUGGACGCAAGCAAACUGUCGCUUUGUGGGGAGGAGAGCUUCGGCACUGGUUCCGACCACAUCCGUGAGAAAGAUGGACUGUGGGCUGUCCUCGCCUGGCUCUCCAUUCUGGCCACCCGCAAACAAAGCGUGGAGGACAUUCUCAAAGAUCAUUGGCAAAAGUAUGGCCGGAACUUCUUCACCAGGUAUGAUUACGAGGAGGUGGAAGCAGAGGGCGCAAACAAGAUGAUGAAGGACCUGGAGACCCUGAUGUUCGACCGCUCCUUUGUGGGGAAGCAGUUCUCUGCGGGUGACAAAGUCUACACUGUGGAGAAAGCUGAUAACUUUGAAUACAGUGACCCUGUGGAUGGAAGCAUUUCAAGAAAUCAGGGCUUGCGGCUCAUUUUUGCAGAUGGUUCUCGCAUCAUCUUCCGACUAAGUGGCACUGGGAGCGCCGGGGCCACCAUUCGACUGUACAUCGACAGUUAUGAGAAAGAUGUCGCCAAAAUCAAUCAGGACCCCCAGGUCAUGUUGGCUCCCCUUAUUUCUAUUGCUCUGAAGGUGUCCCAGCUCCAGGAGAGAACAGGACGCACUGCACCCACCGUCAUCACCUAGGAAGACCCGCCAGAUGUGGUACGUCCCUCCACCCCAGGACCUAGUUACGUCAUCUGAUUGAAGAGCAUGGACAGAAACAAUGUGUAUCCGCCCAGGCUUUUUAGGAUUUGAUUUCUGCACUUCCUGGUUGUUGAUAAACAGUGCAUUGCAAGGCACUGCCAACUGGCAUGCCCUCGGGAGCCGUGUGGGAGAGGGAAGAGGACCCACGGGCUUAUGUCAGUUCCUUUUCAUGCCCCUCUGCACUGUGCUGUGUGGGUAUCUGUCUCCUUAGCAUCGGGCACUGUUUACAUGACAGUGCAAGGUGGAGGCUGAGUGAGCAGCUUUCACCCUUAGGAUGUGUCCACAAAAUGACAGCAGAAAUUCCUUUCCCUUGGUGAAUCUUUCCCCCAGUUUACUGUUUACAUGUAAUCCAACAACAAGAUGCAAUUUCUGGUGCCUUCUCUCCAAUCAGUGUUCCUCCGAGGGAGCCGUACUUGUCUACAGAUUUCUGACUUGUUUUGCAGCAUAGUCCCAUUUGCACAGAUAUUUUGGGAUAUUAAAGCAGAAUAAGCUAUUA